AUGGUAAUUCUCCACCUAAUCAAGCUCUCUCUCAAGAUUUUCCUAUCCUGACAAGGCGCUUUCAGAACUCACCAGUCUAACAGCCUUAUUUAUAGAUGGACUUGGGAAUACGCGACUUGGAUCUGGAUUCGGACAGAUGCAGAACCUGACAAACCUGAGUUUUGUGGGUUCUCCAGACGGAUUCUGCAACUUGGUAAAACUUCAAAAUGAGACAUUCAUACAUCUUCCUUCAUCUUUAGAAUACCUAAACCUGUCUAACUGCAAUAUCUGCUGCAUUGAAGCAGACGCAUUCUCACCUCUACGAACUCUUCAGAUUCUUGAUCUUUCCCAUAAUGAAGAUCUUGGAUUUAAAAGGCUUGGACAAGCUGUGUACGGUCUUCAGGGAUCGGCUCUGCAUACUCUUUACAUCAAUCACAUAAACCUUAAAUAUACUUUGUGCGUUUUCAUUUCUAAAGCAGAUACAGUCUACUUCAAGAACACUAACAUCACCUCCAUCUACGCCAAACACAACAAUCUUCAGUUUUUUUCCAAGGCGCUUUGCCACAUACUUUGUCCUUCCGCCAGAUUUAACCGACUUCCGGUCAGGCAAAAUCAGAUUUACUACCAAGUUAUGCAAGUAGACUUUGAUCCCAACAAUACUUUGAGAAGAAUGGAUCUCAGCAGUAACUUUUUGGUCAAACUGAUCGGUCCUGUAACGGGACUGGAAAAAGUACAGUAUCUGGAUUUGAGCAACAAUGUAGCUGCUGAUAUUUCAGACACGUUUUUCCGUAAUUUUACUUCUCUUAGAAUACUACACUUACAGAAAAACGUAUUAUACUAUCUCAAUGGAAGUAACAAAGACAGUAUAUUUGCACCCUUGCUAAAUCUCGAGCUACUGGAUUUAUCAUUCAAUUACCUAUAUACACUUCCAACGACUGUAUUCACUGGAUUAGAACACCUGAAAAUGAUAAAUUUGUCCUACAACUAUAUAAUUUCAUUUGAUGUUGACAUUUCGUCUGCCCGAUGUCUUAAGCUUCUUGAUCUGUCUUACAACAAUAUCCACUCUCUCCCAUCGCAUGUGCGUGAUCACCUCGACUCAGUAGCACAGGCGACGUCAGAAAAUGUCACUGUGAAUCUUACCUUCAACAGCAUUAGCUGUACGUGUGAAAAUAUCGAGUUCUUGUCUUGGAUGGCAACUACUAAGGUGCACUUUCCCCACAAAAAGUUAUACUUCUGUCUUAUGUCUGACGGAACAGUGCAACGCUUGGUUGAUAUUUUCGAGGUUAUCGCUGAUCUGCAACAGCAGUGUUCCAACUUCUCAAGCAUCCUUAUUGGAGCUGUGUCCUGUUUCUUUUGCCUUAUCUUAUCCCUGGUGUCGGCCCUGAUGUAUCGUUUCCGCUGGAAGUUGCGCUACUGGUACUACGCCUCACGCAUGUCGUACACACGCGCACAGUCACAGGAAGCUCGCCAGUUCGACUUCGACGCCUUCGUGUCCUACGCCUCGGAUGACGAAGACUUUGUUCGCAGCCAGCUCGUCCACAACUUAGAAGUGCAGGAAAAUCUUCGACUGAACGUGCACUACCGCGAACUUCACGCUAGGCCAACCCAUCCCCUUGCAACAUCGUGGCUGCCGUUCAGAACAGUCGCCACACGCUGGUUGUGUUGACGCGACACCUGCUGCAGUCGGACUGGUGUCAGUACGAGAUGCGGAUGGCCACUAUGGAUGCCGUACACACGGGGCGCGAUGUGCUUGUGUUCCUGCUGUACGAGGACAUCCCCAGCCACGAACUGCCUCGACAUGUGCUGUACAACCUUCAGUCUUCUACUUACAUGCUGUAUCCU